CUGUCCUCACCAAAGGAAGGGUAGCACCCAACAAAAACCCUUCCUCAGUCCUCACCAUUCCGAACCAGGGCGACCACUUUUUCUCUCCCUCUCAUCUUUCUCAUGGCUUGUCGGCCGAUUCUUCAUUACCCAUCAGCCAAAAUCCCACGCUUUUUGAUUUCGCAUUAGUAUUUCCAACACUCAAGAUUUACAAGUUCCUAACAGAUCUCUUCGUUUUCACUCUGCGAUCAACGAUUUGGAGCUAGAAAGAGAAUCAGGGGGAGGGGGAGGAAGAAGGAAAGAUGUAUGUGGUUCCUCCUCCUAAGAGGACUGAUUCCAUUACUGGAUCCACUACUGACUCUGAAGAUUUACGGGUCUAUCAGACAUGGAAAGGAAGCAAUAUAUUUUUGCUCCAAGGAAGAUUUGUUUUUGGACCAGACGUGAGAUCAUUGGUGCUGACAAUUUUCCUAAUUGUUGCACCCGUUGCAGUAUUUUGUGUGUUUGUUGCUAGGAAAUUGAUGGAUGAUUUCUCACACAAUUCUGGGAUAUCAAUCAUGGUUAUAGCAGUUGUGUUCACAGCUUAUGACUUAGUUCUUCUCCUGCUAACAUCUGGAAGGGAUCCUGGCAUUAUACCACGUAAUGCUCAUCCUCCAGAACCGGAACCUAAUGAUGGGAUUGUGGAAGGGAGUUCGCAGACCCCACAGUUGCGAUUACCUCGUAUAAAGGAAGUGAUGGUUAAUGGUGUUACUGUGAAGAUUAAGUAUUGUGAUACUUGUAUGUUAUAUCGACCUCCCCGUUGCUCACACUGUUCAAUUUGCAACAACUGUGUUGAAAGGUUUGACCACCAUUGUCCUUGGGUUGGCCAGUGUAUUGGUUUGAGAAACUACAGAUUCUUCUUCAUGUUUGUCUCAUCAACAACCAUCCUGUGUUUAUACGUUUUCAGCUUCUGCUGGGUGUAUAUUAAGAGAAUUAAGGAUAGUGAAGGAAUAGAUAUAUGGAAAGCGAUGAUCAAAACCCCUGCCUCCAUCGCUCUAAUCGUGUAUACCUUCAUAUCAGUUUGGUUUGUAGGAGGCCUUACUGCAUUCCAUUUAUAUCUCAUCAGCACAAAUCAGACUACGUACGAGAAUUUCAGAUAUCGUUACGACAGAAGAGAAAACCCUUACAACAAAGGUGUGAUGGAGAACUUCAAAGAAGUGUUAUGCUCAAGCAUCCCUCGUUCGAGAAACAAUUUCCGAGAAGCAGUCCCCCGAGAACCAGGAUUACCAAAUAGAUCCUUUGGCGGCGGUUUUGUCAGUCCGAACAUGGGAAAAGCGGGAGGAGGGGAUGAUAUAGAAAUGGGUCGAAAAGCGGUAUGGUCAAACGUGGGGAUUGAAGCAGACUCAAUAUCUGAACUUCAAAUAGGCGGUGAAGGAGGCAUUGGGGGAGAUGUGAAGGACAGACAAGGGGAGUUAUCUUCGCCAGAGAUAAAAAGGACUGCGGUUGGAAACGAAGGGAAUAGAGCCGGAGUACACACUAGAAGGUCGAGCUGGGGGAGGAAAAGUGGGAGCUGGGAGAUGUCGCCGGAAGUUGUGGCUAUGGCCGCUAGACUUGGUGGUGGUGGUGCUGCUGGCGGGAGUAGUAGCGGUGGUUUGACUUCUUAUAGACCAUCGUCUACAACAACAUAAGAUGUAGAUUGUUGUUUGUUUGUUUGGAUAUGGUUUGAUGUUUGAAGUGUUGAUUUGGAAGAUUGAUUUGUGUUUUUUUAAGUAGUAUUAGUAGUAAGUAGUGCUAUUAGGGUUAGCCGUUGGCUCAUUCUCUCAAGAUGAUUGAUGAUGUAUAUCUGUUGUAAUUUCCAUGUGUGUUGGUUGGGUUUGUUUGACUGA